AGCUGCUGGAUGCGGUAACAGCAUCCUCUGCACGAGAGGAAGGAGGCGCUGCUGGCGGACUCGGGUGCGCCGCUUUCUCCUCGGUCUCUCGCAUGUGUCCUGAGACCCGUAGGGGAACCGUUGCCUGCGGGAGCCAUGUCUGAAACCGGCUCCUCGUCCGCCCCCAUCCCGAACGGUGAGGGCUCCUCCCGGCACCCUGGCAACAAGGUGACCGUAGUUCUUGGGGCUCAAUGGGGUGACGAGGGAAAAGGAAAAGUGGUGGAUCUGCUGGCGCAGGACGCCGACAUCGUCUGCAGGUGCCAGGGAGGCAACAAUGCUGGACACACUGUUGUGGUGGAUUCCGUGGAGUAUGACUUUCAUCUCUUACCAAGUGGUAUCAUCAAUCCAAAAGUCACUGCAUUUAUUGGAAAUGGUGUGGUAAUUCACUUGCCAGGAUUGUUUGAAGAAGCAGAGAAAAAUGUUAAAAAAGGAAAAGGAUUAGAAGGCUGGGAAAAAAGACUAAUUAUAUCUGACAGGGCUCAUAUUGUGUUUGACUUCCAUCAAGCUGCUGAUGGCAUCCAAGAACAGCAAAGGGAAGAACAAGCAGGAAAGAACUUGGGAACUACAAAAAAAGGGAUUGGUCCAGUGUAUUCCUCUAAAGCAGCUCGAAGUGGGCUCAGAAUGUGUGAUCUAGUUUCUGACUUCAAUGAAUUUUCAGAAAGAUUUAAAGUCUUGGCCAAUCAAUAUAAGUCUAUUUACCCUACUUUAAAGAUAGACAUUGAAGGAGAAUUGAAAAGACUCAAGGGUUACAUUGAAAGGAUCAAACCAAUGGUAAGGGAUGGUGUAUAUUUUAUGUAUGAAGCUUUGCAUGGCCCACCAAAGAAAAUCUUAGUAGAGGGUGCCAAUGCAGCACUGCUGGACAUUGAUUUUGGUACCUACCCUUUUGUGACCUCAUCAAACUGUACGGUGGGAGGUGUUUGCACUGGCCUGGGCAUGCCACCUCAGAAUGUAGGAGAAGUAUAUGGUGUUGUGAAAGCCUACACAACUAGAGUUGGAAUUGGUGCCUUUCCUACAGAACAAGGCAAUGAAAUAGGAGAAUUGCUACAAACACGAGGAAAGGAGGUUGGUGUGACUACAGGUCGUAAAAGAAGAUGUGGUUGGCUAGAUCUUGUGUUGCUUAGAUAUGCCCACAUGAUCAAUGGAUUUACUGCCUUGGCUCUUACCAAAAUGGACAUUAUGGAUGUACUUCCAGAAAUUAAAGUUGGUGUUGCAUAUAAAAUAAAUGAUAAAAUAAUACCUCAUUUUCCAGCAAACCAGGAAGUCUUAAAUAAAGUAGAGGUACAAUAUGAGACACUUCCAGGAUGGAACACAGACAUAUCAAAUGCAAGGACGUUUGAUGAUCUUCCUGUAAAUGCACAAAACUAUGUUCGAUUUAUAGAAAUGGAGCUAGGGGUUCCAGUGAAAUGGAUUGGAGUAGGAAAAUCCAGGGAGUCAAUGAUCCAGCUCUUCUAAAGAUACUGGAUUCUUGGAAGAAAGCACACUCCUCAAAGAAACUGCUCAUUCCUUGUAUCUCCUAUUCAUAACCCACAAACAAUGACUUUUGGAAGGAUGGUCCUUGUAUGUUAAAGAGCUAGAUUGCUGUAGACAAAAACUGCUACUCUUGUGAAGAUUUUGGCGUUUAUCAAUAUAAGUUAUCACAAAUUCCAGAACAUUUGUCACAGUUGCCACCUUUUUUUAUCUUGCUGCCUCCAGAUUUUUCUUUCAGAUGUUUAUUCCAUCUCUUCCUUUGAACAUCUUGGAUCACAUUACUUUCAUGAGCAUGUGUCUUCAUUGUCUCUGGUUUUGCUGAUGUUUCUUCCUGAAAUUUUAGAUGCUUAAAAUAAUUAAUGCAGUUUUGCACAUAAUGCUUUUCAUUAUCAUUUGUACUCCUUAAGCUGUUAUUAACUUUAUGGCUGCUGUUGUCAUGUAUAAUUAAAAAAGAGAGAUGAUUUUAUAAUGAUGAAGAAAACUAAAAUUUUGUUACAGUUUUUAUUAAAACUAGUGUGAUGAUAAGGUGGGAAUUUGAAAGCGGUACUUAAUAUGUAUAUAGUGCAGCAACUUAAUUUAUAAAUGAAGAUACUCAAAACAUGUUGUGGGUGUAUUAUGCUCUCUGCUCUAAGUCAUUCAUAAUAGUUUUUCUAUGAUACUUUUGAGUUUCAGCUUUUUGUCAGUCAGUCCAAUGAUCCAUUAGUUCAUUAGCCUAAUGCCAAAUAACCAGUGCCAGUUAUUUAAAGGAUGACAGAAAAUAAAAUGAAGAAACAUUGCAUAAAUUACGAACACACGAAGUUCUGGCAGGCAGAUUUAGAGAUUCCUUCGGCUACCUAGCUUAAUAGUCACUGAAGACAGCAGGUUUUUUUCUUGUUUGCUUUUAAAGCUUGAAUGUAUUAUUGACAAGUAUGCAAAGACAAUACAGUACAUCUCAUGUUUGUGUCUUGCCAAAGCCCUUUAUUUUGAUUUCAGAACACACCUGUUAAUUUGAUUGCUUACCUUUGGUAGUGAAGAGGAGUAACUUGUUUCAUUUUUUUUCCAGCACACUCUGCACCAGUCUCAUGACUGUUUCUUCCUUGAUCAUUAUCUUGGAAGGUGAAGAAUGGUGGUGUUUUUUUCAGUUCCUACAUAAUUCUUCCAUAUCUUUGCUUAUUUUAGUCUUUUCUUCAUUGCAGUGAUAUUAUUUAGAAUAGGGGGAGCACUGAACACAGUACUCAAGAUGUGGAAGUACACUGAUAAGUUGUUAAAGAGUUACAGUUGCCAGUUAGUGCUUAAUCUGCAUUCAGAGGAGUACUGGGGGAAAAUGGUGUCCGGGGGCAACAUCUGCUCUGGGCACCUGCCCCCCUGCGCCCCACUUACCUUAGUCGGCGGCUAUUCCGGCAGCGGUGGUCCCAGCGGCUCCUCUGGCAGUGGCGGUCCCGGGCAGCCUGGCAGGGCCAGGCCUGGUGGGGCUGGGUUGAAGGGCAUCCGGUGGCAGCCCAGCCAGGCUGCUCCUUCAGCCGGUGGAGGCUCCUGGUGGGGUUGGGCCAAGGGGCGCCCGGUGGGCCAAAGCAGCUGGGCCAGGAGCCUGCUGCGGGCUGCCCCUCAGCCCGGCCCUGCCAGGCUGCGCCUUGAGCUGGCGGAGCCCCCCCACCCCUGAGUCGCUUGUUGUUGAGCUGCAGCCGCAGGCCAGUUCCUGCCUGAGAGUCAACCUGUGGCCGCGGCUCGCAGCUCAGACGGGCGCCUGAGACUGGCUCCUGCUUCUCCAGCCUCCCUGCUGACAGGGAGGCUGACUCUCAGGCAGGAGUCGGCUUGCACCGAGGGAGCCGCAGGGCGCCAGCUGAAUCCUGCAAAGACCCGCCAGGUAACCCCCCAUGUGAUCAAAUAGUGUGCACCCCAUUAGCAGUACGCCACUGUCUGUACUAUGUGUAAACAACACUGAUAAACUAGAUGGCUGGAAAAUGCCAGAUUUCUCAUUGCACUGGACUCUAAAAUUUGGAUUCUGAUGGCUAGAAAUUGGACAUAGUUUUCCAGUUCUGUUUAUGACUGUAAUGCAUGAAAUGAUCCAGAAAAUACAUUUUAAAGAUUUCAGCUCUGGUUCUGAGUCUUAAAAAAUCCAUUUGAGCGCUCAAACGUAUUAUCAAAAGAGUAUUAUUUUUACUGGGAAGAGGGAGAAGAGGGCUUAAACUAUUUUCUGUGAAAAUGCCACCCUAACUUUCUGUGAAAGUUGGCAGUAAUUUGUGACUAUGUUGUCAGCAGUAUAUGAAUAAACAGGUGUUUGGCUUUCAUUCCUGUGCUCCAUUCCCCUCACAGACUUCCAGUAUUAUGUGAGACAUCCCUAUUUUAACACUAUUCUAGCAUUUUCUGUUAAAAAGAGCUGAGAUUUUCUAUAUACUUACCAGCUUUACUGCCUGAGUUCUAUUAUUAGAGGAAUAAGCUCAUUGUAAUAUGAGUCGCAUUGUGGAAAAGAGGGACUGCUGUGUCUCAAAAUAUAGAACCAUUAUAAGACUAUAUGGUUUUUACUUUUUCCAAGUGCCUCUAAGUCUCAAAUUCGCCUUCUAAUAUAAUGUAUAAUGCAAACUAUUUUAGAAAAACUAAUGGUUUUAAGUUUAAUGUGUUUGGUAAGAUAGAGACCAUGUUUCCUCAUUGGAUCUGUUCACACAGCAGAAAUGAAACAUCCUGCAGAUGUUUUUUAAAAAGAUCCAUUUGGGGUUUUUGUGUUUGCUCUGGGAAGAGAACAUAAGCGUUGCCAGCCAAAAUGGUUCUUUUUUCCAGCCUGCUGGCUGAUGGAGCUCUUGUCAAUUUCAUAGUUGCCCCUCAUUUUGUGUGCUGCUGCAGAGAUUCUCCUGCAUCUGCCAUUUGGUAAAGGUUUCCCACGGAGAUUUCUUCUGCUUGCAGCUCAUCCACACACAAUUUCCAUGUAAAAAGUAGAUUAAUAAAGUUUGUUUUGCCUGGUGAUCCUGCGCACAUGUCGUUUUACAUUUUUUUUGGUUUUUUGAGGGGAAUAUCUGAGAAAUUAUGGUGACACAAACAUCCACACAUACUGCAGCUUCUCUAAUCAGGUAUGCAUAGCUUUGCAGACAUCCCCCUCAAAACAAAGGAAAAAUUGCCCAUUUGUGGGAUUGCCAGGCAAAACAAACUAUUCAUCUAUUUUUUCACAUGGAAAUUGUGUGUGGAUGUGCUGCAAGCAGAGGAAUAUGUGGAUGAGCUGCAAGCAUGGGGAACAUUUACAGAGAAUUUCUUCUGCAGCACACAAAAUGGUGGGCACAAACAGCAAAAAGAAAGUAAGAGGAUUGGGCGGAGAAAUAAAGUGUCUCCUGCCUGCUUUUGUUCGUUCAGCAAGCAGGAGACAUCUUCAACCAGAGUUGGGGGGAAAGAUCACUCGUUUAGCAACUUUUGGGUUGAGAGAAAUAAAACAUCUUGAGGAUGUUUUGGGGACAGAGUUGUGUGAACCUCAUCCCCAACACACUUUUUAUAACGUCCUCAAGACGUUUUAUUUCUGCUGUGCGGAAAUCACCAUUCUGACUUAACUAUGCCUAUUCAGAUAUGUUAACAUGAUAUGUUAAUAUGUUAACAUGAUAUUAAUAUGUUAACAUGAAAUUUCUUUUUAAUCUCUCCUGUAGUGUUUUUGAUAUUUCAUGCUUUGUUCAGGGCAAUCAGUUGAGCUUAUGUUUUCAACCAGCCAUCCACUACAAGAUUUGAAGUUUUUUUUAACCUAGCAUUGAGUCUUUAAAAAGCAUCAUUGUGUUUUGAUUGAGAACAAGGUUUCUUAGUAAUUCUUCCAAUAAUAGUCAUAGCUAAUAUGUGCAUGGUUAAUUUCCAUUGUAGACAUAGUACAGAGCAAACAUGUACUAUUUAUUUUUCUCAAUUUAUUUCCAUUGGUGUAGUUUUUCUAGUUACCCUUGCUCUGGAACACUACAUUAAUUAAAUGUGACAUUUAUUUCAUGAGAUUACAUGUUUCUGCACAAAGAAAAUGUUAUUGUAUGGUUUAUUUUGUAAUAUGCUACAAAUAUAUGAGGUAUACAUUUGAUCUCAUAGAUGGUUUUGAAACUGAUAAGAAUCUCUGUGCACAACAAGCACCAGUUUUUUAUUAAGAACUAGUCCUGUUCUAGUAUCCAAGGCUUUUCUCUUGCCUUCAGUGAUAACACCCACAAUAUAAAUCCCUUAGUGUUGUCUCAGGACAUAUUUCUGCUAUAAUUUACCAUUUUUGUAGGUGUAUCUGAACUGCAGAAUUGAGGUAGAUCUACUUCCAGGUUCUCAGUAGUUGUAACUUUCCAGGUUUGUUAUUUCCUACAAUAAGAAUAAUGAGGAAUGGGUUUGUAGAGUUGUGCAAAACUGUAUCUGCAUUGUCAGUCUCUACUUCCUCCAGCCUGUCCAACCAACUUGUUAAUUCUCAUGGUUACAGCAUAGGAUGGAAGUUGGCUGGACAUUCUUUGGUAGGAAGCAUCCUGCUCCAUCACUAAAGUGUAUAAUAAAAUGAGCCUUUUUGUCCCUUCCAUUUUAUCAAUUAAUUUGGAAUUGUCCUGGUGGAUAGCCAAAAGUAGAUGUGAUCCUAGCAAGCCUCCUGGUUCAAUUUGUGGCAUUUCCAGUUAAAAGUAUCAGACAGUAGGUGAUGUAAAAGACCACUGCCUGAGACCUGGGAAAGCUUCUGCUCUGGACACACCAAUGGUCUUACAUAGUAUAUGGCAGAUUCAUGUAUAUGUAUGAAAUAUGCUUUUUGAAAACUGUUUAAUAGACUGAAAAAAAUUCA